AUGCAACAGGACAAAGGCAGGAUAUAUUAUGGUCGGUUUGUCCAGAGAGAUAAAUUAAGCCAAGGGUCUUUUGGAGUAGUUUAUAUUUGCCAUGAUAAAGUUACUAGAGAUUAUGUUGCUAUAAAAGUAGAAAAGGAAAAUAAAGAUUUAAUGAGUUUAGAACGAGAAAUUUAAAUCAUAGAGGAACUUCGAGGAAUAACAGGUGUUCCAAAGUUGUAUUGGUAUGGAAAUGAGUAUAACCAAAAUUGUAUGGCUAUGCAAUUGCUUGGAAGAGACUUAUCUCAUUUUUAAAAGAAAUUUAAGAAGCACUCGUUAAAAACAGUAUGCAACCUAGCUGAAUAAUUGCUUACUAUACUAGAAGAGAUUCAUAAAAGGGGUGUCAUUCAUAGAGAUAUAAAACCAGAAAACAUCUUAAUGGGAAGAGGAAAUGAUUCUCAAUAAGUUUAUAUGGUUGAUUUUGGAAUAUCUAAAAAAUUUCGCAAUAACAAUUAGCAUAUUCCAUUCCAAGAAAAUAAACCUUUUAUAGGCACAACUCGAUAUGCUAGCAUUUCUGCUCAUAAGGGUUAUGAAUUAUCGAGAAAGGAUGACUUAGAAAGUUUAGGAUAUGUUUUUAUAUAUUUGCUCAGAGGGAAUCUACCAUGGUAAAAUAUCACAUCCACAUCCGACAAAGAGAAAACUAAGUUAGUAGGUAAAUUAAAAAUGGAACUUGAAUUAAAAGAUUUAUGCAAAGGAUUGCCUAUUGAAUUUUAGAAAUAUAUGGAUUACGUUUACAAAUUGAAAUUCGCAUCUACUCCAGAUUAUUAAUAUUUACAAGGGUUAUUUAAAAGAAUAGCUCAAUAAAAUAACUUCAAUUUUGAUAGAAAAUUUGAUUGGAUGGACAAUCAAACUACUUCUACUAAAUCUUCAGAUUAAGCUUAGUAAUCUUCUAAUGAAAUCGAUAUUUCAAAUAUCUAAGGUGAUUACUUUAAACUAAAGAUGAGUGAAAAACGUAAAUCUUAUCAAAUCGAUUAAACUUCGUAGUAAUCUUCAGUUGUUCUCAAUUAUGCUCCUUCAAUAGUAUCCAAUAGAAAUAAUAAAAAUAUUUCGAGAUCUCGAUAAAAUUCAAAAUAAUCAUAUUCUAGAGAGUCGUCAUUAGUAAAAUAACCUAAGGGAUAGAAAUUUUAAGGAGUAUUUUUCUAAAAUCGAGAAUUUAGAGAUUUCGAUGUUCAAGAAAACAAACAAAAGAAAAGUCCAAUCAAUUUUUCAGAGUUUGAUGAUUUUGAUGAUGAAUUAAAUGAUGAUGACGAAUAGAUUUAUUAAGUACAAAGAAAAGUUGGAAUGAUUAAUGUUCAUUUUAAAGAACAUCUAUCGAAACAAUGAGAUGAUUUUCUUAAUUAUUUUUGAUUACUAAUUCAUUUGUAUUAUUCAUUUUCAUAAGUCUUUUUCA